AUGGCUCCAGGAUUUCGACCUGCACAGACCCAGUAUAGGAUAAAGCUCCGGCACAGAGGUGGGAUCACUGUGACUCCUAAGAAUCAGCUCAUAAUUAAGCUACCCGAUUCAAGGGCUCUGAAGGUUACUGCCCGAUCGAUGCUUCUGGCAUUGGCCAUUAUUACUUCUUCCUGGCUUGGAUCACUUGUCAUUUGGGAUCCUUCCUUAUCUUAUAGUCCUGUAACCUAUGAGGUCCGUGUUCAUGGUGAAUCAUUGUUGCCUGUGCUCCUUCGUGACUUAACCCGCGAGGGUCUCUUCAAAUCGAGCGACAAAGCCCUCUUCGUGAGCCGAUAUGGCGAUGGCAACGAUGUGAUAGCUCAUGGUUCCCAAAUCUUGAACCCACAUGAAAUCGUCUCUGAAUCCGAUGCCGAUCGACAGAGUUCGAUCCCAGAUGGCACAUUUGAUUUCGUCUUCGCGUCUGGCUUCCUUGCCGGCGACUUCAUCGAUCGAAGCCUCAAGAUCGGCGGAAUUGUCGCCAUUCAAUUGAGCAAUGACGCCUCGAAUGCCUUCCACAAACCAUCGAAUUACAAAAUUGUGUAUCUCCGGCAAUUCGAAUCCACGGUUUUGGCGAUGAAGAAGACUGGCCCUGCUGAGAUGAAAGCACCGACGAAGAGUUGUCUCUGCGGAUUUUCAUCGGAAGCCAAGAGGGCAGCAUUGAAUGGCCUAGAGGAUGUGCUGCUUGAACCUCCACAAGAUUCUUCAUUGAAGAAGAGUAACAAGUACUUGAAAAGGACCAAAUUCCUCCCUAACCUAAUGGGUGAUUCUUUAGAAGACUACCCUCGUCGCCUAUUCAUCGAUGUUGGCUUACCAGACAAGAACGGCAAUGGCGGAUCGACAUGGUUUGCAAAGAACUACCCAACAAGGAACAGAGAUUUUGAGAUGUUUAAGAUAGAGACUGUGAAUGAGAACGAAGAGGUAUUGAAUGAGGAGGUGCCACAGAUAAGCAUGUCGGACUGGUUGAACGAGAAUCUGAGGAUAGAGGACUACGUGGUGAUGAAGGCAGAAGCAGAGGUAGUGGAGGAGAUGAUGAAGAGCAAAGCUAUCUGUUUGGUGGAUGAGCUGUUUCUAGAGUGUGACCACCAGGGCUUGGGAGGGAGGAAGAGCAAGAGCAAGAGGGCUUAUUGGGAGUGCUUGGCUCUCUAUGGGAAGUUGAGGGAUGAAGGAGUUGCAGUGCAUCAAUGGUGGGGUUGA